GGUGAUGUGACGCUUGUCCCCGGAACCGACAUGAGAAAUUCAUAUCGUAGUCGGACAUGUUUUAAAAGGUUCACGCAGGACAUGCGCACCGGCUGCUAGAUUUCUCCGUGCAGCAGUGGGAUCAUGUUUACCUCCCAAACCUCGUCCUUCCAGGAUUCACUUGACGUGGAAGAGAGAGAUGACUUUGACAGCGAAGAAAUUGCUGGAUACAGCCAGAAAAUUCAGCUGAGCUGUUACUACACCAUCUAUCUUUAUCAGGGCACAAGAUCUGAGGCUUCUGGGGAAAAUGUGGCAUGGAACCAGAGGAGAGCGGACUCCACAACCAGUCAGGAUGACUUUAGCCUGACACUAAUUGACAGCAGCCUGCCAGUGGAGGCGGAACCUGAGCUGCGGACCUACAUUUCAAGGAGGCUGAGCAAAGGAGCCCUGCUCGGAGGCAUGGGCAACAUCGCCACUGUGGAACUCAGUGUCCCAGAGGAGGCGGUCGGCUGCUACUGCUGUCUCCUGGAGCAAGAAAGGUCCCCUGAACAGCCUGACACUGAUGGCAAUGGAUACGUCAUCUGCUUCAUGGGUGGCUCUGAAAAAGGACUGAACUUAUUUAGAUUAGAGCUUGAUAAAUACGUUCAAGGCCUGCAUAGCAGCCUGCAAACCCCAGAGCUGAGAAACCUGGAGACAGAGGUGCGUCCCUAUCUGAGCCGGUGGUACGAGGAGUCUGUGAUGCACAUUUAUCGAGUGGUGCAGCUGGUCCAGAGCAACAUCAGCUUCUUGCUGCACGCUGCUCUGAGUCACACACAUGUGGAGAUCAUCAAUUCAGACGAGAGGACAAAGGCUGAUGUGUCCAGGUUCAUUAAAGCAGCCAGUUUGCAGGGUCUGUCCCAGCAGGACACCACAACAGCUUCUCUGUGUAAGGCUAUCUCAGAGGACACGCAGUCUGACCUGGUUAUAGACUGCUCCACCAGCCCGCCCACACUCUCCAACACAGUCAGUAAUCGUUUCUGUGAUGACUGGAUUCAGGCAUUUCUAAAUGCUGCAGAGCGUUGUAAUCCCUUCCUGCUCAGACAGAUUCUGGAGAACUUCAAACUUAAGGCCAUCCAGGACAUGAACAGCCUGAAGCGCUUUGUGCGGCAGGCAGAGAUGAGUCACUACGCCCUGUUUCGCUGCUGUCAGUUCCUACAGGGCUGCGGAAAUGGGGAUGUGUUGCUGCAGAAUGCCAGGGCGGAGCACAGUGACCUGCCUGAAGCCUGCAGCAUCAUCACUGUCCUGGAGGAGUUCCUCAGGGAACAGUCCCAAGCCCAAGUCUGAUUCAAGUUCGUAACACUUAACUCCAAGUUGUGGCGCCUGCAUACAUUUCCUGGUGGUAAGACAGACUGCUUUACCAGCAGCAAAGCAGAUAACUUAAGUAUCAUUCUAAACCUAGCAUUACAUCCCAUUUUAAACAUCAGAUUGCCAGAUAAAAUUUGGCAGAGAGGAAAUUUUUAAUUUGCCAACUGUUGCAGCAGAUUCAGAUUUUCGAUAGCAGUUGUAAAAUAUAAGUUUCCUCUUCAGGCACUACUGCUGCUUCUCAACUAGAACAGCGGGGGUCAGAUCUGGAAUAUGUACUGUAAAACACUGACAACUUACACUCAGCUUUUCUCAACAACUGUCUUUUUUUUUGGCUAAUCAUAGUUUAUUGACUCAGCAACAUCACUGCAUUGAUCUUAAUUAAAGUUAGUUGUUAAUUGAAUUGUAAGGCAAAGACGUCAGUGAAGGUGAACUCAAAUAAAAAAGUUAAAAAAAUCAGUGUGAUGAUCAGUUUAGAUCUACUUAUAGAGUGGCACUUUCCAAAUCUUUUCGCUUUUGCAAUUUUUGUGUUGUGUGAGUGUGUAUAACAAUACUUUGAACCAAAUAUUAUUACUAGUGUUUUGCUAACUGACAAUGAUCAUAACAUAGAAUUGAUCCAAACUAAAGCUUCUGCUCAUUGGAGCAGAUUUGUCUAUUGCUAAUUUGAUGUCCAAAUAUCCUUUUUUUUUGUAAUUUAUUUGAUUGUACUAGUCUUCUUUUGUGAAGAAACAUAUUGAAAUUGCACAAAUCACUUUUAUGCAUUGUUACAUAAGCCUUGAGUUUGCUUACAUUUCAACCCAAUACUUGCACUACUAUAUUAUUUUUGUCUAAUGAAUACUGCUACUGUAUGUACGUACUGUAUGUCUAUCAAGUGAUAUUAGAUAUCUGUUUAAUUCUUCUCUGGGAAUGCAGUGUUGUAGAUAGAGUGUAAUUUUUGGAUACAAUGUGUACAUUAGAACAAAUUAUUUUCUGUUUACAAACAUCUUCACAGCCUUCACCAGCUCAGAGUUUGUGAGAAGAAAAUGGGCACUAUGUGACCGGUCACUCACUACAUUAACUAAGCAUCUGUGUAGUUUAAAAGGUUCCGCAAUAUUGAUAACCCCUAGAAGUAAGAAAUUAAAAUAAAUAAAUGAAUAAUAGAAAAUGAUAUAUUAAAGUGCUCAGAAUGAUAUUGGCAUGCCUAUAUUUUAUUUUCUUCCCAUUGUGUACCUGCAACAAGACAUGAUUUUAUAUAUUCCAUUAAACCCGUAAAGGGUUAAACUCAGACUAUUCCCAUUAAAACCAGUCCAAAGUAUGAAAUACAGCAAUAUCAGUGAUGGUGGUGUAUACUUUUAAACUGUGAAGCAGGUGACAUGUAAAUGAGUCAUUUUACUAUUGUGAACCAUAGUGUGGCUGACCCACGGUGUGUAUCUGUAAACAUUUAUGUACAGUGUAUUCUCUAUAGUUAGAAGUGACUGUUUGGUUCUCAGUCUUGUAUAGACAGAGCUGAAAUAAAUA